AUGGCAUGGUCAGUCAGUCAAGGUGGCCUUGCAGAUUCUCGGCCUGACGUUGUCACAGCCAUAGCGCAACGGGUCAUUGCUUUAUGGAAUCAGGGAGGGCCAGGUUGUCUUCACAGGCAAUCCCAAAGGUUUCUCAAUCCGCUCUAUGACAGAUCCAGGCCAGGAAGACCUGAUCCUUCUUUACGAGAAGCUGUGAACCUUUUGUCAAGUGGAGAGUUGGUAUCCAAUUUGCCAGAGCCACUGAAGACAUAUUUCAUUCGCUGGGUGAGUGGAUUUCGUUUAGUUCGCUGCAUUGAGCGCAAUACGGAAGGCUGCCAUAGUUUGUUGACCAAAUGCUUGCGGAGGGCUCCAGCAGCCAAACCACCCUACAUGUCCCUGGAGCUUCGCUGGUCUGUUCUUAGAGAUGACAUCAAGCAGGUCAAACACCAACCACUGGUUUUGAAGGAGUUGAUGCGAAUGACAGACGGGAUUGAAAGCACUGAAGGUUUCCGCAAGAUCGUCUUGAGCAUUCUCAGGUUGCAAUGCAGUGAUUCUUUGAGGAAGCUUUCACUGCCCAAGCUUGCAGGUUUGUUGUACAGGGAACACCUUAUGUUGAAACAUUCAUCAGGGCAGGAGUUUCAGGAUUUGCUCAAAUCCAAACUUGACGCGGCUUCUUUGGCAAUGGCAUCUUUCAAAGAGCUUGAAGAUAACCCUAGCGGGCCUAGCGAUGACAGUCGAGACAUUUUGAAAAUCAUCUUGCUUGAGCAUAUGCAGGCUCUGUCUUCGGAUGGGUCGGUGGACAUGGUCUUCAGGGGUCCAGAAACACUUCUUGCACAGAAGGGCGUGCUGAUUCCUGUUGGACAAGACUCUGAAAUCGCUUUGGCAGGUCCACGACGAGCAAAGAGACCAAGGCUCUGUGACUAUGGGCAGCCUGGGCAGCCUGGGCCUGGGCCGCCUAGGCCAAUUCUGGACCAGGUCUUGGAAAUUGAGCCAGGUAUUUCGGGUCAGAUUUCAUCAAGGAAAGAGCCAGAGCCCACCAGAAUUGACUCGCGUUGGUUUGGCGCAGCCUCUGCGCAUUCCGUGUCCACUUGCUUGAAUGGUGCAAAGUUAGGUGCUGGCUCAUUCUUCAAGCUCGUGUGUGAGAGGAUGAGCCAUCACACAGUUCAAGGCGAUGAGAUGCCUACAUUUGAUUUCCUGGUUCAGACUUACAAGUCAUUCUUGACAGAAGGAGAUGCGCUUCAUUUGAUACCGGUUGGUUUUCCCGCUGUGUGCAACCUUGGAAAGUUUGCUUUCCAAGAUCUGGUGUCCUCCCUUUCCUUGUGGAAGAUUUCUGGAGCUAAGCAUUUGCCUCCUCAUGAUUGGCAUCCGCAAUGCAAAGAGUUGGUAAUGGCCAUGGUCAAUCAGGGCGCUACGACCAGUGGAUCAGCUAGCCAGUCAUUUUACUGCUCUUCUGAUGUGUUUGCUGGAUCUCAUUUUGAAUACCUGCAAGACAAAGGCUUCAUUAGAUCAUUGCGUCUCAUGGGAGCUCCAGACUCAUACCAAGUCACCCGCAAGCUUCUAGUGCAGGUUUGCGAAGAAAUGGGUCCUAUAAAUUCGUUUGUGAGACCACCUCCUCUUGGAAUGAAAGAGGGCACCAUUGAGUGCUUACGAAGCAGAACACGAUGGGAACUGAUUUUGGUGUUGGAAAGAAAUGGGUGGAAGAGGGCUGUUUCCACAAAAUCCAAAGCAAGCCCUUAUGUCCUUGCAUCAACCAAAGAAUAUUAUUGGAAUCCGAAAGACAGUGGCACAGGGCGCUUGGCACAUGACUACCUAGUGGCACUUGCUCUUGCAGAUGCCUUGCUGUCAUCAGGGCUGAAGAGCUUAGCUCACUUCCAAUCAAAUAAGUAUUACAGUACCGUCCUGCAUUUGUGGGAGAGCUCCCCUUCCAAGCUUGGCCAAGUGGUUCCAAACCAGCCAGCUUACUUGUACAGUGAGUUGCAGAAACGGGAGAAGAAGGUGGCGGACGAGAGGAACAAUGAUGCUUCAGCAUCUCACGCAGACAUUGACUUUGAGGUGGAGCCAGGCAUCAAUCUGCCACUUCCUGCCAGACACCGUGGCCGGGGCAGAGGCCGUGGCCAAGGUGAGGCAAAGGCAAAGGGUAAGGACAGUAGUCUGGAUCCAGACAAUGCAGCCCAGCAAAAUCAAAGCGAUCUGCCUCAGCCUCUGCCACGGCCUCUGCCGCGGUUUCUCCCCCAAAGACAUCAACACAGCUGGCGUUGGAAACAGUGCAGGUGCCUUCAGACACAGACUCAGACACAAUUGCCAAGCCACCAGCAGACAGGCAGCUGCAGAUUCAGCGGUCAUUGA